CGGCAACGGCGGUGGGCGGGACAGCAACAGAGACAGGCGGAGUGGAGGCAGGAGGAGCGGCUCCUUAGCUUCGCCCGCCCCAGGUCCGUGGAAUAAGAGGGCGGGGCUGGGCUGUCAGCCUUUCCUCUUGCUCUCGCCAUCCCAGCGUCGCCGGCGGCCGGAACGCGGCCCGCAGGCCCCGGCAUCCUGGAACGCAGUACAGAUCUGGGAACUGAACUUGUGCAAAGCUGUAGAGCCAGAACAUGACAAACAUGGGACUUGAAUUCCAUUUAUUACAACAAGCUGCCUUACUCUGGCUAUGGAAGCUUCUGCCCAUGAAAGUCUAAACCAGAGGCUAGUGGAUUCAUAUUUAAAAUGGAAGUUGACAUUAACGGAGAGUCCAGGUCUAUCCUAGCUGCUCUCCCAUUGCCCAUUGCUGAGGUGAGUGCCACAGGCAAGGCCGACUCUGAGAAGCCUCGUUGCUCCAGCACCCCAUGUUCACCAAUGCGCCAGACUGUUUCAGGCUAUCAGAUCCUCCACAUGGAUUCUAACUACUUGGUUGGCUUCACUACUGGGGAGGAGCUGCUGAAAUUAGCCCAGAAGUGCACUGUAAGUGAGGAGAGUAAAGUAGAAGCAGUAGUGCCUACCUUGCGCUCCAAACAGCUUGAUUCAGGACUUUCCCGUUCCUCCCGGGUGUGUAAAGCCAGAAGCAGAUAUUACCAGCCUUAUGAAAUUCCAGCGAUCAAUGGCCGGAGAAGGCGACGGAUGCCCAGCUCAGGGGAUAAAUGCACCAAGCCACUACCUUAUGAACCUUACAAGGCUUUUCAUGGUCCUCUGCCUCUUUGCCUUUUCAAGGGUAAAAGGGCUCACUCUAAAUCCCUAGACUACCUCAAUCUAGACAGAAUGAACACCAAGGAAUCAGCUGACACGGAAGUGCUUCAGUAUCAGCUCCAACACCUCACGCUAAGAGGGGACCGUAUGUUUGCUCGGAACAACACAUGAAGAUAAAUUUUCCUUGGCUCUUCUUUGUCAAAAUGCUCUUUACAACAGGACAGCCAUGCACAUGGUACUUGGUUGUAUCGGCAAUGUGUUGCCAGACUGUUAUUUGAUAUUGAUUAUGAAGAUGGUAAGGGUUAUGGAAACCAUGUGGAAGCAACUACUGGAAAAUUCUGACUGCAGAUAUCUUUAGGACACUAUAACAAAACAGAAGGUUUUGCACUUGAAUACCUAGAAUUUAUUGCGAUAUAAACUCAGAAAGUGAUAUACUAUGACUUGUGUUUCUAACUGGGCUUGCUGUAAGAAAUUACUCAUGGAUAAGCACUGAAAUACACUCUUAAUAAUACUAAGCAUAUGUGUGUAUAUGCAAUGACUUUUGCAUUAUAGGAAAAACAUGUUUGAGUAAGACCAUGUGCCCUUUAAAAUAAACCACCUUACAUUUCUUGUAACUGGUUUUGCACUGGGAACAAAACUAAACAAAAAUCACUGAUGAAAUUAAGCUUGAGUACUAGUUGUUAGAACUUUUUUUAGUGUAAUUGAAUUACUUUUUAUGUUUCAAAUUGAUUUCAAUGUGAUUUUAAAACAAACGGUGUUUUGGAGAAAAAUGAAAUAUUGGAAGGUGAAUAUUAACUAACUUUAAUUUAGUACCUUUGUUUUUAAAAAAAAUAAGAUUGUCUUAACACCUAAAUGAGGACCUUUAUGUUGUGUAUAUACAUCAUAAGUAGCUGCAUUUGCAUCUGCUUUAUACAAAUAGACAUUUAGAUUCUAAUACUAUCAUAUCACAUAGUUACGAUGGGGGAGGGGGUCUUACUAGACCACAUUUUAGGACUGCACCUGAACAUUCCAGUUUAUUUGCAGCACUGAGAACUACUUUUUAAAUCUUGGUUUGGGCUUUGGUUUUUUAAAAAGCCAUGAAGGUUUCUACUGGAUUAUUAAUUAUGUCAAAUGCACUGAUUUAAAAUAUUUGUUUGAAUACUCAUAUAGGAGAAAUCCUAAUUUUACUUGACAACCAUAGCAUUUAAAAAUAAUCAAUAAUGGGUUGUUUUGGUCUGUUUAGUGUACAGCCAGUGUACAACCAUUUGAUGUUUUUGGUCUGUAAGUUACUUGGUCUGUAAGUUACUUGGAAGUGAAAGCUUCAAUUUUAGAGAAAUUGACUGUGAAACAAAAUCAUUUUUUUAAAUAAUUCUUGGCACAGUUCUGACUUUUCUUAGUGGAAAGAAUGGAUUAUUUGUCUCGUAAGAAGGAUUGGAGAGUGCACAUGCUUUGGAAAACUAGGCUUUGUCUCGUCUUUGACAACAUUCCCCCACAGUUAUGUCCAACUUGCAGAAUCUGUGGAUAGAUUUUGUUUAACUUUGAGGGAAUGCUAGUAAUUUUUACAAGUUGCACCAUGUAGUGAAGAAUGAUUUCUUAAGAAACGAUUCCUACACAGCCUUUAGUUUGACCAGAAGAAUACUGUCCUAUGCCAAAGAGGGUUUUUACACAUUGAUUAAACAUUAUUUAUUGAUUUACCCUGUGGAAUGACAUUGUUGACUAUGAAAUAAAAAGGGUGAUGUGCAUACCUUUA